AUGAAUAAAAGUCGUCAUAGUUCUAUGCAUAAGAUCUUUGGUUCUCCUUAAAUAUUUAUGUUUGAUAGGGAAGAAUCUAAGUUUUAAAAAAUUGUUUUUAGAGGUUGUAUGUUCUGUAUUAUUCAGAGCAUUCAAUAGAUAAAAUAAAAUUUUGUUGGGAACAAUCUUAUAAAUAAGAUGAAUGAUUUAGAUUUAAAAAAAAUAAAUUAUUCAAAUCAAUAAGAUAUGGAUAUUCAUGUUCACAAUAGUUACCUAUUGCCAUAAAUUAAUAAGUGUAAAAAUUUGUUAAAUAAUGAAUGCUUUGUGUUUUCUCCAUAAAUGACUGUAGAUUUUCUAUUUUAUUAAUUUUAGAAUCUGAAUAAAAAUUUGGAAAAUAUGCUAAAAGAAAUACUUAAGAUUCUGACAUAUUUUCACUCAAAAUUCCUACUGAUAAAUAAUAUUCUCAAAAUUCAUCUGCUUAUGGUCAGUUUCAUUUUUAACCUGAAUUUAAAUUAAUGA